CGCCUCCCCGUCCGACUGGGCCAGCAUGGUCGACGACGCGCAGCGCCUUGCCCUCUCGUCGCGCCUCGCCAUCCCCAUCCUCUACGGCAUCGACGCAGUCCAUGGGCACAACAACGUCUUGGCUGCCACCGUCUUCCCCCACAACGUCGGCCUCGGAGCCUCGAGGGAUGCGGAGCUUGUGCGCAAGAUCGGCGAGGCCACGGCGCUCGAGGUCCGCGCCACAGGCAUCCACUGGGCCUUCGCACCCUGCGUCGCCGUUUGUAGGGACCCGAGAUGGGGGAGAUGCUACGAGAGCUACAGCGAGGACCCAGAGAUCGUGAGCUCCUUGACCACCCUUGUCACCGGACUGCAGGGUCAGCCACCAGCAGGCCACCCUCAUGGUUACCCAUUCCUCCGUUCCGUUAGGGAAAAUGUUCUUGCUUGUGCCAAGCAUUUCGUAGGGGAUGGUGGCACUCACAAGGGGAUCAAUGAAGGGAACACCAUUUGCUCCUUAGAAGAUUUAGAAAGUAUCCACAUGAAACCCUACAUUGAUUGUAUAACUCAAGGUGUGGCAACGGUCAUGGCAUCCUACUCUCAAUGGAAUGGCCAGCCAUUACAUGCCAGUCGCUAUCUGCUUACAGACGUUCUAAAGGGCAAGUUGGGCUUCCAGGGUUUUGUGGUGUCAGACUUGGAGGGUAUUGACAGGCUUAGCGAGCCUCGAGGGUCGGAUUAUCGCUACUGCAUUGCACAAGCGGUUAAUGCUGGAAUAGAUAUGGUCAUGAUACCUUUCAGAUUUGAGAAGUUCUUGGAAGAUCUUCUGUUCUUGGUGGAGUCGGGGGAGAUACCAGUAUCACGGAUUGAUGAUGCUGUUGAGCGGAUUCUAAGGGUUAAGUUCAUAUCUGGGGUUUUUGACCAGCCAUUUUCAGAUCCAUCUCUACUAGACGUAAUUGGUUGCAAGAAGCAUCGGCAGCUGGCACGUGAGGCUGUUCGAAAGUCUUUGGUUCUGCUGAAGAAUGGUAAGAAUCAGAAUGAGCCAUUCCUUCCGUUGGCCAAAAAUGCAAGAAGAAUACUUGUUGCCGGGAUGCAUGCUGACAAUAUUGGAUAUCAAUGCGGUGGAUGGACAAUGUCUUGGAAUGGAGACAGUGGAAAGAUAACCCGUGGUACAACCAUAUUAGAGGCCAUACAAGAAUCUGCGGGAGUGGAAACUGAAGUUGUAUAUGAGGAAUCCCCAACUGAAGCUACCAUUGAAACAAGGGAAUUUUCAUACGCAGUUGUUGUAGUUGGUGAGGUUCCCUAUGCUGAAGGGUCGGGGGAUAGAACAGACCUUAGUAUUCCACUCAACGGUUCUGAUCUCAUUACUCGUGUUGCUUGUAAAGUCCCUACCAUAGUGAUUGUUAUAUCGGGAAGACCCUUGGUUAUCGAGCCACAAGUUCUUGAGAAGGUAGAUGCUCUAGUUGCUGCCUGGCUACCUGGAAGUGAGGGCAUGGGAAUUACUGAUUGCCUCUUUGGAGACCAUGAUUUUGUGGGCAAGUUACCAUUCACUUGGUCUAGGUCUGUUGAUCAACUGCCAGUACAUGUUGGAGAUGAUAACUAUGAUCCAUUAUUCCAUGUUGGAUAUGGGCUGAAUGUUCAGAACUGA